AUCGAAUAAGGUUUUUACCCUUUUUACUUGUAUGGUGUUUUUACCAAUAGGUUGCACUGCCUCGUACGGAAACAAUAGUAAAAAGCCAGAUGGAUUAGUGCAACGUUGCUGUAUAUCAAGGGAAGAGAACCGCCCAGCCGGCAUUUGGACGACCGCCAGCAUCACACUGGAGAAGCCUAUAUUUUCAAAGACGACAGGACGGCUUAUGGAUUUUUUUUUUUGGAAAUAUGAGGGCUCCUGAUAUUUUGUAGGAAUUACAGGUGCUAAUUUUGAGCGGUCUGUACCCCCAAUCCUGGGAAAAGCCCUGCUGUAUAUCAUCAACGAUAUUAUUGCUGGUGAGGACGCAACAUAUACGUGCACAUAACUUCACCUCGCCUCCACGAAGAUUAUCUAAAUCACAACACCAUGGCCGACUGACACCCAGUGAAAACGAUGUGCAAAUACAGUACGUUUCUUACAAAUACAAAUUCCAGAGGUUAACGAACACAACCAACUGAUUAAAAUGGAAUUAGCCCAUUUAAAGAAUAACUAUACAAAUACAAGAGUUGUGAAAAGUGAUUUAGUGUCACAAAGUUCUAUACAACAUGAAAAGACUCACACUGUAGUAAAAACAUUUAAAUGUCGGUAUUGUGAAAAGAGUUUCAGAGAGAAAACUAACUGUAUACGCCAUAAAAAGACCCACACUGGUGAAAAACCAUUCAAAUGCCAGUAUUGUGAUAAGAGUUUUAGUGAGAAAUGUAACUGUAUACGCCAUGAAAUGACCCACACUGGAGAAAAACCAUUCAAAUGCCAGUAUUGUGUGAAGCGUUUUUAUGAGAAAAGUAACUGUAAACAACAUGAAAUGACUCACACUGGAGAAAAACCAUUCAAAUGCCAGUAUUGUGACAAGAGUUUUAGUUUAAAAAAUAGAUGUACACAACAUGAAAGGACCCACACUGGAGAAAAGUUAUUUAAAUGUCAGUAUUGUGAAAAGACUUUUACUGACAAAAGUACGUGUAUACGGCAUGAAAGAACCCAUACUGGAGAAAAACCAUUCAAAUGUCGGUAUUGUAAAAGAGGUUUUAGUGUCAAAAGUAGAUGUACGCGACAUGAAUUGAUCCACACUGGAGAGAAAUCAUUCAAAUGCAAAUAUUGUGAAAAGUGUUUUAUUGACCAAAAGAAGUGUAUUCACCAUGAAAGAACCCACACUGGAGAAGCAUUCAAAUGUCACUAUUGUGACAAGAGUUUUAGUGAGAAAUAUGACCGUAUACGACAUGAAAGGAUUCACACUGGAGAAAGACCAUUCAAAUGUCAGUUUUGUGAAAUGAGUUUUUGUGAGAAAUAUAACUGUAAACGCCAUGAAAUGAAACACACAGGGGAAAAACCAUUCAAAUGUCAGUAUUGUGAAAAGAGUUUUUUAGACAAAAAGAAGUGUAUUCAACAUGAAAGGACCCACACUGGAGAAAAACCAUUCAAAUGCCAGUAUUGUGAGAAGUGUUUUAAUGACAAAAGUAACCAUAAACAACAUGAAAAGACCCACGCUGUAGAAAAACCAUUCAAAUGCCAGUAUUGUGAAAAGACUUUUAUUAAGAAAUGUAAAUGUAAACAACAUGAAAUGACCUAUUGUGUAAAGAGUUUUACUAACAAAAGUACAUGUAUAAAGCAUGAAAGAACUCACACUGGAGAAAAACCAUUCAGAUGCCAGUAUUGUGAAAAGAGUUAUAAGGAGAAAUAUAGCUGUAAAUGGCAUGAAAAGAUUCAUACUGGAGAAAAACCAUUCAAAUGUCAGUAUUGUGAAAAGAGUUUUGGUGACCAAAGUACAUGUACACAACAUGAAAUAAGCCACAUUGGAGAAAAACCAUUCAAGUGCCAGUAUUAUGAAAACAGUUUUGAUGAUAAAAGUAACUGUGUACAACAUGAAAUGAGGAUUCACACUGGUUUUUCUCAACAGUCUUUCAAGAAGGAAUGUCAAAACGAGGAUGCAUCACAUGGAGCUAAGGUUUCUCCUCAGUCUAUCAAAGUAGAAUUUCAAGAUGAAGAUACGGCUCCAGGGACAAAGGAACAAAGGGAGUUCUAUUCUGUAGCUAUAGUAAAAAAGGAAUUUAAUGAAAACAUUGCCCAAAAAGUGAGACCAGAAAUAUAUCCUGUGGCAAUGUUUAGAAAUGUAUUUGCGGAUGCAGAUGUAUAAUGUCAAUUAAUACUUGAAUUUAAUGUGCCAUGACAAACAUUCGGGUGCAACUAAUAAUAUCAAUGAAAAAAUUAAUUAUUUUAUAACUGAAUGUCAAAAGGAAA